UUGCCCGCUGCCAACAUGGCGGCGAAGCCUCAGCUCCCGCCCUCUCCCAAGAUGGCCGCCCCCCUCUCUGUCCGUGCCUCCUCGUCCCAUCUCCCCCCUCUGUUUCCCUCCGCGCCGGCAGCGAAGGGGUGCUCUCCCAGCACGCCCCGCGCGGGGCCGGGAGGUUGGGGGGGGUGCCCCGCGCGGUGCCCGCUGGGAGUUGUAGUCCGCGGCCGGCGGCGAUCACGUGGCGCGCCCGGCAGUGGCCGCGUUGGGAGCGGAGGCGCCAAGAUGGCGGCGCGGCGGGGCGGAGCGGGGCCCGCCGGGGCCGGGGCCGGGACCGGGAUCGGGGCCGGGAUCGGGCCCGGGGGCCCGGCUGGGGCCGGGUCCCGGGGGCCGUGUCCCGGCGGCGCCCCCCGGCCGGCCCCGUUCCGCGCCGGCAGCCCCCUGCAGUGCUUCUCCUUCGACGAGGAUGACCUGAACCUGGCGUCGCUGGACGCAGAAGCCAUCCUGGAGGCCGAGGAGAUCCUGGGGACGAUGCAGAACUACCUGGACUCCUCCGUCAUCUCCAUCAUCGAGGACCUCUCCCUGAGCGAGAGCAAGGCCUGCCUGGACGCGCAGAACGAGCUGUCCCUGCUCACGGCCAUCACCGAGAUCCUGGACAGCACGGACGACGAGACCCUGUCCCCCUUCGACACCAUGAUGGACGCGGAGCUGCUCACCUCGCCUCGGGAGCGGGACAAUCCCUCGUUUCAGAAGUUUCUCAGCUUGUCCCGGCCGGCCCUGGAGUGCGAGAGCCCUGCCCCGGAGCACCCCAAGGGGCUGCGGCCCCCGAGCCGCGGCGGCAGCGUGCCUUUAUCCGGGAAGCCCGACGUGGAGCUGCCGUGGGAGCGCGAGGAGCCGGCGGGGCCGAAGAAACAAAACUGCAGCACCCCCAGGGUGGAGAGGAAGCAGGGCCGGCUGCGGGCCCUUGGGCAGCCCCUGCCGCAGCGCAGCGACGGCGAGGAGGAGGAGGAGGAGGCUGCCUCCAGCCCGGAGCUGGACAGCAGCGUGGAGGCCGCGGGGUUGUGCGCGAGCGGGGCCGAGGUCGUGCCCGAGGAGCACGAGGACCCCUGCAUCAUCAACACGGGCGACGUGUCCCUGAGCGAGCUGGUGAAGUCCAUGCACCCCUACUGCCUGCCCACCUUCACCGUCUGCCUGGACCCCGAGGCUGAGCCCGUGGCCAAGGAGCUGCUGAGCGGUCCCGUCCUGCUGGAAAUCGUGCCCGGCGAGGGGGAGAGCGUGGAGAUCCCCGUGGUGCUGCAGCCCCUCGCCCCCGGCUUCCCCGGCACGGAGCCCCAGCUGCUGGGCGCGGAGGACAGCGGGGAGCCCGUCCCCGAGCAUCCAGAGGAGCUGCCAGGAGAGCCAGCGCAGGAAAAGGGCACGGAGGAGGAGAAGGAGCCCGGGCAGGAGCUCUCCAACUGCGCUCCGGAGAGCAAAGCCCCGGCGGAGGCCGUAGGGGCGGGCGGCAAGCGCCAGGGCUGCGAGAAGGGGCGCGGGCGCGAGCGAGCGAGGAAGAGUCGGAAAAAGAAAGCGGAGGAAGGGCUGAGCGAGGAGCCCCGGGCGGGCAGAGACUGCGUGGCACACCGCCUGCGCUCGGGGCGGCCACGGCGGGCGGCACGACCCUCGCCGCAGGUCUCGGACUUCUUGGAGCGGCAGCUGGAGCGCGCCAAGGAGGAGGGCGGGAUGGAGCUGCGAGCACAGCGGGCUCCGCGGCCACGCGGCCGGCCACGGGGGGCCAAAAAGGAGCAGCCGGAGCCGCUGAAGGAGCUGGAAGCAGAAACAUCGAGCGUGGAGCCGGAGAAGGGUGAAACCGUGGAGGUUUUGGGGAAGGUUUUGGAGGAGCCCCAAGCGGCGCCGCAGCCCAGCCCCGAGGAGCGAGAUGAGGGCGAGGGGACGGCGCAGCCGGGCGGAGAGGUGGUGGAGGCUGCCCCCGAGCAGGGAAUGGGGACGGAGCCCCCCCAGAGCCUGGCGGUGACGGAGCCCAGCGAGAGCCUGCCCAGGGAAGCCAAGCCCAAGGCGCUGAGCCUGCGGGAGUACCGCAUGCGCAUGCAGCACCGCCAGCCCAGCCCGGGCGGCAGGAAGGAGGGCGAGAAGCAGGCGGCCAGCAAGUGGCCCAGCGUCCCCGAGCCUCCCACGGAGCUGGCGGACAUCCCCUGCCUGGUGGCCCCCAUCUGCCCGGCCCCCGAGGUGCCCGGGGCUCAGAAGAGCCCGGAGAAACCCCCCAGCCCCCUCGCCGUGCCACCUCCUGCCAGCAAACCGCCCCCGGCUCCGGCACCGGCACCGGUCUCGGCCCCGCCGCCUCCGGCCACGCCGCUGCCUUUUGUCGCGCCCCCCGUUCCCCCAGCUGCCGGGGCGGCCCCCCCCGGGCUGCCCCCAGCCCCCGCGGGUGCUUACGCCCUGUACCCACCAGUGCCUUCCUGGCCCUGCUUCGGCCCGCAGCCCGUGGGCUGCCACGGGAUGCCCCCGCCACCCACUGCCAGUGCCCCCGGUGCUUUCCACAUGGUGCCUGGCCUCCCGCCCCCACCCAUGGCCUGGCCCCCCCCUGCCCUGCCGCCCCCACCACCGUUCGGCCCCUACGGCCCCCCGGUGGGCUGGGCCCCCCCAUCCUACUGGCCAGGGAUCCCCAUUCCCCCUCCAGUGCCUCCCCUGGCGUAUGGGGACCCCGGAGCCGCGCUGCAGGGCGCUGCACCCCCUGCGUUCCCGGCUGCUGCCCCCCCUGGCACGGCCCUGCUGCACGGGCAGCCUCCCGUGGCCCCCACCCCCAGCUGCCCGGAGCCCCCGGCUUUCCCCGUGCAGCCCCCCCCAAGCACAGAGAUGGGGGGUGCGGGUGGGCAGCCCAGGCAGGCUGCCAGCAGGGUGUCGGACCCCAGGAGGCAGGCACGGCUGGCAGGGGAGAGCCCCCUCCCCAAAGCCCCCCAGGCAGCUCCAGCAGCUGCCCAGCCCAGCAGGGUGCCCCCUGCACCCCCCCAGCCUUCAGAGGAGCCCCCGGCCGCAGCCCCCCAGCCAGCAAAGCCCCCCCAAGUGGUCACCCCAAGCCCUAUGGAGGUGUCGGCUGCUGCUGGCCCUGCUGCGGGGUCCCCUGGCACGCACCCUACAGAGGAGGCCAAGGGGGCUGCGGAGAAGCCCCCUGAGGAGCUGCCUGGCCACAAGUCCCCCCCGCAGGCUGCGGUGCCACCCCAAAAACCAUGCCGGGAGGGCAGCCUGCCCACCAAGCCACCUGCUGCACGGCUCUCCAGGCACCAGCCGCUCGUCAGCCCGGCGCAGCCCAGCGAUAGCAGCAAGGACAUCGUGCGAGCCUUCAUCAGCGAGAUCGGGAUCGAAGCCACUGACCUGUCCAGCCUGCUGGAGCAGUUCGAGAAGUCUGAAGCCAAGAAGGAGGAGGCUCCUGCGCAGCCCCCCGAGGACAGGCGGCCGGCGGGGAGCACGGGGUCCGAGACGCAGCCGGAGAGGAAGCCCCCGGACGGUCUGCAAGCCUCAGAGCUGGCCAACGUGGCAGGGCUCACCCCCCCGGCGACGCCUCCCCACCAGCUCUGGAAGCCGCUGCCCGCCGUCUCGCUGCUGGCCAAGACCAAGUCGCCCGUCCCCGCGCCGCAGGAGGGGAGCCAGAGGACCGCCAAGCUCCUCGCCAAAGCCAAACCUCUGCCCCAGAGCAAGCUCCCGGGGAGGAUCCCUGCGCCCCCCCCCAGCCACGUGUGCUCGGGGGACCACGACUACUGCAUCCCGGGCACGGCGCGGCCGGAGGGCAGCAGCAGCAGCAGCACGCAGCCCCCCGGCACCGAGAGCGGCUCCCGCUGGAACGUCAAGCACCACCGGGACAUCACCAUCAAACCCAUCUCCUCCUUAACCAAACGGACGCUGGAGCAGCCCAAAGCGGCCCCCAACACCACCGGGGGGCCCAGCCAGGAGCCCCCGGGGGCGGCCAGCCCGGCCCCCCUGGAUUAUCGGACUAGCGUCCCCAGCGAGGCCGCCGCCGGCUGCAGCAGCCCCCCCACCUCGGUGCUCCUGUCUCCAGCUGCCUCCCCCUGCCGGGACCAGGAGCUGCGGCCCCCCAGCGCCCAGCCCGGCCGUGCUGCUGCCAAGAGGUCCCUGCGCUGCUACCGGAGACCCCGGGACUCGCCCAGCCCCUCGGCCAGCAGCUGGAGGGCCGGCCGCAGCCGUGCCAGCCGCUCCUUCAGCUCCAGCUCGGACGGAGCUAGCGAGUCCUCGUCUUCGUCGUCCUCCUCCUCCUCCCGCUCUCGGUCACGGUCGCUGUCCCCGCCGCACAAGCGGUGGCGAAGGUACCGCUCAAGGUGUUCGCACAGCUCCUCCUCCCGCUCCAGCUGUGGGUCGUAUGGCAGGUCCCGGGACAGGUCCUCGUCCUCCUCCUCCUCCUCCUCCUACUCGUCCAGGUCCCCAUCCCGCAGACAGUCCCGGUCCCGGUCCCCUUCUCCCCGCAGGAGGAGUAACAGGAGGAGACGGUACAGUUACGACGCACAGGACCACUACCAAAGGCAGAGGAUCCUCCAGAAGGAACGUGCAAUAGAGGAGCGUCGGGUGGUGUUCAUCGGCAAGAUCCCCAGCAGGAUGACGCGCUCGGAGCUGCGGCACCGCUUCUCGGUGUUCGGGGACAUCGAGGAGUGCACCCUGCAUUUCCGCUCCGAGGGGGACAACUACGGCUUCGUCACCUACCGCUACGCCGAGGAAGCCUUCGCUGCCAUCGAGAGCGGGCACAAGCUGCGGCGCCCCGACGAGCAGCCCUUCGACCUCUGCUUCGGCGGCCGCCGGCAGUUCUGCAGGAGGAACUACGCCGACCUGGACUCAAACCGGGAGGAUUUCGACCCGGCCCCCGUCAAGAGCAAAUUCGACUCCCUGGACUUCGACACGCUGCUGCGGCAGGCACAGCGCAGCCUCCGCAGGUAGCGGCAGGCACGGCGGAGCGCCCGCCCCCCGCUUUUGUACUCAAAAAAAAUAAAACAAAAGACAAAAAAAGUGGAGAGAGAAAGAGAUGAGGUUUUUAAGAAAAAGAAAAAGGAAAAAAAUUUGUUUUAUAAUCAAUAUUUAAGGAGGACGGGUCGUGUCCAUUCGAUCAGAGGGUCCCAGGCGGGUGGCAGCCCCUGGCUUGCCCCAGCCAUAAAUAAAUGUGGAUGCCCAAACAGCA